AAUCGCACACUCCGAUCCAGUCCCGCAGCAGGCUCCCGCCAAUUCUGAGUGGGGAGCGCGAGGGGAGUCUGGCCGGGGAUGAGACUGGUUUGGAACGGCUGGACCGGGAUUAAACAGGGAAAAAAACAGAACCAACCGCUCUAAAAGUAACAGAAACCCAUCAAAUUCGCAGUCGACACGUUAAUGUUAUACCUGAAAAAGACGUGCAGUCGAUGACUAGCCUUAAGGAGCUGUGUACGGAGUCCAAAAAAGCGCUGCCCGUUUCCGUUUAACGUUUCCAGCGCGAGGAGUUGAAGGGCGCGCGGAUGGUGGUCGUGAUGCUCGCGGCCGAAGAGCCUCUGGCCUCCACACCACGAAGAGGCAUGGAUUGUGUGGGCAAAGCUAAUACCAGCAAGAAGCUUGUUCAAGCACGUCUACCUUUCAAAAGGCUCAACCCAGAAACCAAGGAAUGCGGUGAGCCCAAAAGAACCAAAGGUCCUGUUGUCCCCAAGUGUUCUGAAACCAGUGUGUCGGAUGGAGAAAAUGAUGGGGACAGUUCCUCCACCCCGCUGCACCGUGGCCCAGCUCUGGUUAAUGGCCGUGGACCACUUGAUUGCUUCAUGAGCAGGCGGAAGCAUUCCCCGGUCUGCUCUGGCCCUGAAACAAUAGACCUUACUGAAGACUCAAAUGAUGCUGUCAAACAGCAGCCUGCACCUCCAGUUGCUGCCACCUGCCCCCUUAGCGAAGAAACAACAAAGGAUGCAGAACAUGCAACAAAAUCUUGUGCUGCCACCUGCCCCCUUAGCGAAGAAACAACAAAGGAUGCAGAACAUGCAACAAAAUCUUGUGCUGCCUCCUGCCCCCUUAGCGAAGAAACAACGAAGAAUGCAGAACAUCCCACAAAAUCUACAGAACCAACCACCCCACUGACAAAAAAAGAGACGGAGAAGGACGAAGAUGCCCUCCCACUGCUGGACAUUGCUCAGGAGUCUGACACUGAGGAAGAGGAGCAGCAGGAGACUGAAGUCAGUCACGGGAAUGAGUCUGAGCUGUCGACCGAGUCUACCAGCUCCCUCUCAGUGGUAGAGAGCUCACCAGAGCCCAGCAAGAGCGCUCCCACCACCCCUGCCUCUACGUCACAGAUAAACGCAGCUAGUAAAAUGAAGAGACGAUCCCUUAAGAGUGUCCAAGAGCAGGAGGAGAAGCAGCGACAAAAGGAAGAGAAAGAACGCCAGAAAAAAGAGGCCAAAGCUGCCAAGGAAAGGAAGAAAAAGGAGGCCCGCAAGCUAAAGGAAGAGAAGGAGAGGGAGAAAAAAGAAAAGAAGGAGAAGGAUGAAAAGGAGCGACGAGAAAAAAAGGAGAGGGAGGAGAAGGAAAAGGCAGAGAAACUAAGAGCUAAAGAAGACCAGCGGCAAAUGAAAAUUGAGGCCAAACUGGGAGAGAAAAGAAAGAAAGAGGAGGAAAAACGGUUGAAGGAAGAGAAAGAUCGAAUCAAAGCUGAGAAGGCUGAGAUUACACGCUUUCUACAGAAGCCCAAGACCCAGUUGGCACCAAAGACACUGGCGUCUGCCUGUGGGAAAUUUGCUCCUUUUGAGAUUAAAGCUAACAUGUCUCUGGCACCACUGACUCGAGUACAAUAUGAAGACUCAGUUCUAGAGGAGCUGGACCGUUAUCUUGCCCAACCUGACAGCACUCUAAAUGGACUAAAGGACUGGACAAGGCACAAACCUCGUCGUUCAGGUCCAACCCAGCCCAGUCACAGUGCUGUAAGAGAUUGUGUGGUCAUAACUGACAGCCAAAAGGCAGAUGGCAUCCCAGACCGCCACCGUUAUGGCCGCAUGAAACUACUGCAAUUCCAUGACAACUAUCGUCCAGCUUACUGGGGGACCUGGUGUAAAAAGAGCACUCGCAUCUCUCCACGCUGCCCACUGAGACAAGACAAGGGCCUGCUGGAUUAUGAGGUGGACAGUGAUGAAGAGUGGGAGGAAGAGGAGCCAGGAGAGUCUCUGUCACACAGUGAGGGGGAUGAUGACGAUGAAGGAGGAGAUGAUGACGACGAUGAUGAUGGAUUCUUUGUGCCCCACGGUUAUCUGUCAGAAGGGGAAGGAGCACUUGAGGAAGACGAGGAGGGUGGAGAUCCGGAGAAACAGAAGGUGCGUCAGAGGAUGAAGGCUCGUGAAUGGGAGAAUGAGCUGAUGUCUAAAGGGAAGGUGAAGGUGUUGGAAUCGGUGGUGCGUGGCUGCCUGUGGGAGGGGGAAGAACCUGGGCUGGACCUCCUGCAACCGUAUGCUAUCUGCAUUCUUGAGCCUUUACCUAGAGACGAGCCCUGUACCCCUGAACAGGACCUCUCACGCCAACAGAGGAAUGAGAAAUUGCUGUCACAGCUGCUGCCCUUGCUGCAUGGGAAUGUGAACAGCAGUAAAGUCAUAAUCAACGAGUUCCUGGAGUUCUGUCGCCAGCAAACAUCCUCACCCACAGAAAGUCCUCAGAAUUGUAAUGACAAUGUCCCACCCAGGAUCCAAAUCAGGCGUAUCAUAAAGGAGCACGCCGUGUACGAAAAGCGCUCCACUUACAGACGAUGCUGCUGGUACGUGCAUCCGGAAGUUCUGGCCCGUCAUUCUCAGGAGGCCUUGCCCGUUCCCUGCCAGUGGACCUACCUCACCUCCGGCGCUCAGAUUCCCCGCGACGAGCACGCCGGCUCACAGGGCAACUCGCCCACCACGUCCUGUUCCACCACACCCUCCAGCAAGAGGAAAAGCGCCAGCAGCCACUCCAUCACGAAGUACAUGAAGAAAUGUGGCGACUCCGAACAGACUGAGACCAUGGAGACCGAUGGCUUCCAAGCAGACACUGAAGAUGAUGAAGACGAUGAUUGCAUCAUCAUUGGGGAACAAUCUGGAUCCUCUGAGCAGGAUGCCAACACAUCCUUGCGACAAACCAAGAGAAACACGGAGCCCAUGGACACGAAUGCAUCCGAAACUGCUGCUCUUGCCCUACCCUGCCUUACCCCAGCCACCGCCUGAGAUCUGACCCCUUCUUGUUGGGUUUGCAUGCAUGUGAACCAGACACUCAAAAUCUGAUCUACAGUUCGAAGGAUCAUACAGUGUUAAAGGUCCCUGGAAUGAAUCAUUUGUUUCCUGUUCUUUAAGUGGAGAUGUGCUAGAUGGUGUACUGCUCUUCUUCAUAGGAGAGGUCCCACUUUUUUGAAAGCGUGUAAAGACUCUGCUGGUACAUUCAUCAGCUCUGACACACAUCAGGAGGUUGAUGCUGUCUGCUGGGCUCAGUGCUCAGCACCAUUGUUUUAAAUCCUUUAAUUUUUUUUUCUCUCAGAAUACUUGAAAUGGUGUACGUCUUUCAAAAAUAAUGACAAUUGAAAUAUAUUGCACUUUUAUAUUCCAUUUGCGUUUCUUUUUCUUCUACCCCCAUCUUAACUUCUUUAGCCCACCAGAAGUCUUUCCCUUGUUCCAAGAGGCUUUGUAUAAAAACAGCAUAUGCCAUUUGUUGCCCAGGCUGCCUUAUGUGGUGUAAAUACUAUUUUAGUUUUUUUGAACAAUGGUGUAGAAGCUGAAAUAGUAUGUGGCCAUCUAACACAGGGGAAAAAACAACAGCAUUGGCAUUUCUUUUGGUGAAGUGUAAACAGUCUCGAAUAAACUACGCCAUAGUUUGCUUCAAUGGGUUUCCUACAAAGCUUGUUUAAAUAAAGCAUUAUUUAAAAAUGAACAAUUUUUAAUAUGCUGUUAACAAACAUUUUCCAAACGUGAUCACAUGUACAAGAGUUACUUUUACAUUUGGUUUUUCACAUACACGCAUCACAUUCGACAAUGCAUUUUAUUUCAUACAUCAAAUGCAACAGAACACAACAUUUUGAACUUGACAAAAUAGUGUAAAAUACAAGCACUGUUCAUUUUUAAUAUAGCAUGGUUUAAUAAAGGAACAAGCUUGUGACAAUAUUCUUCUGCAACGGAAUCAGUCUAAUACCCAAAGUAUUCACAAAAACAGGCGCAUUUUUAACUUGAUUGUGCAAGGUUUCCGGUGUCAGCCACUUUACAAUAACGGUCCAUUGUUCUCCAUAAUAUUGCAAACUGGUAUUUGUUAUAUUUUUCAUAAUUAUAAACACUUGUUUGGAACACAAUAAUUUACCAUUUUACUGCUAGUUAUAAUUUAACUAGCUUCUAAUGAAGCAAAAUUCUUGCAUGUUGAUGGUAAAUGGUUUGCUUUUGUGUUUAAAAAUCAGGUGGAGCUUGGAUGCCAUCACAUAGCCUUUCAAAAUAUAUUAAUUUAUUGGUUAAUAUAUUUAUCGUCUAGGGUCUGUGCUGUUUCUCUCCGGAAGUCAUUUUUAACGUAACCAUUUGUAAAUGCAAGGCUUCCGGUGUUUAUCACUUCCAGUUAUCUUAGCUGU